GUGUGUGUAUGUGUAUGAGUGUGCUCAGAGUAAGACAGGAUCUCCACCUGUUCUGUCAUCUGUCCUGACACUACCUAUUCAUUUAUUUUUCUUUCUGUUCCUCCAAAGUCAUGCAUUUGAACGAAGAACCAGGAUGUUAGAUGAAAGCCAGACAUGUCACAAUGUUUCAUGUGACCUUUAAUCUCAUUUCAUUCUAAUGUCCUGAUCGAGGUGUCUUCCAAGAAUGGGGUUUUCCAGGAGAUUACUCGUCCAUUAAUAAUCCAGCACGUUGUGCUCAAUCCGGACCUCGGGACUGGACCUCAUGGUUCUCCUUUCAUAACUGAAUGAGACCAUCAGAGACGGGAUCCUCAUCUCAUGCGCACGACCGACUCGAAGAACCAUGGGGAACGCUUCAGGAGGCAUGGAGGUGUCUCCCAGGCAGGAAGCCAAAGGGACGCAGAACGCUUUCGGCCUCGGGGGCUCAAAACAACCUCCUGGACUUAAUCUGCCCCUGCCUUCAGAAGAGGAGCUUGAGGAGAGGUUCAGCUCGGUUCUGAAUUCCAUGAAUCUUCCUCCUGAUAAAGAGAAGCUGCUCCUCCAGUACGACAACGAGAAGAAGUGGGAACUGGUCUGUGACCAGGAGCGUUUUCAGGUAAAGAAUCCACCAUCAGCCUACGUGCAGAAGCUCAAGAGCUUUGUAGAGAAAGGAGGCAGCAGAAAGUUCAAGAGGCGCAUACAGGAGGCCACCCAGGUCCUGAGAGAACUGGAGAUAUCUUUGCGGACCAAUCACAUUGGCUGGGCUCAAGAGUUUCUCAAUGAGGAGAACAAGGGCUUGGAUCUUCUAGUCGAGUACCUGUCCUUCGCCCAGCGCUCGGUGCCGCACGGCACGGACUGCGCUGAAAACGGGAACUUCGAGGAGAAAUGUGGAGAAGACGGGACGUCCAGCGCUAUUAACACCCCGACCCAUAAUGCAUCGCACACAAACAGAUCCUACGCGACACGGAAAGCUCUGAGGAACUCGCGCCUGCUCAAUCAGAAAGACCACCUGCACCUCUGUAUCAUGUGCCUCCGGGCCAUUAUGAACUACCAGUCGGGGUUCAAUCAAGUGAUGAGUCACGCAAACUGUGUCAAUGAGAUCACCCUGAGCCUGGAUACUAAUAGUGCCAGAACUAAAGCCUUGGUCCUGGAGCUCUUGGCGGCGGUGUGUUUCGUCCGAGGAGGCCACGACAUCAUCCUCAGAGCCUUCAACAACUUUAAAGAGGUGUGUGGAGAGAAGAGCCGCUUUGAGAAGCUGAUGGCCUACUUCCGUAACGAGGACACUAACAUCGACUUCAUGGUGGCAUGUAUGCAGUUCAUCAACAUCGUGGUCCAUUCUGUAGAAAACAUGAACUUCAGAGUUUACCUGCAGUACGAGUUCACACAACUGGGGCUGGACCAGUACCUGGAGACAUUAAAAGUGAGUGAGAGUGAGAGGUUACAGGUUCAGGUCCAGGCGUAUCUGGAUAACGUGUUUGACGUGGGGGCGCUGCUGGAGGACGGCGAGACCAAAACCGGCUUUGUGGAGCACCUCGAGGAACUCCAGAAGAACAAUGCUGAGUUAAGCACCAGGUUGAAGGAGUAUGAGAAAGAAGCGAUGGAGAAAGUGUCAGCCUUGGAGAGACAGCUCAUGCACAGCACUAAGGAUGUGGAGCUGCUGAAGGAGAGCCUCCGCGACUCGUGCGCUCAGAUCUCCAGCCUGCAGCUGCGCGAGCGUGAGCACGAGAUGGCCCGAGAGCUGGAGCGUGAGCAAGAGCGAGAACGUUCCUCCAAAGCUCUGGAGCAGAAGGUCCUCAUGCAGCGCUCCGAGUCCGGAUCCGUGGACCUUAACGCCGUCGAAGACACACGCAACACACAACCACGUCACACAGUUGCAGACGAGAUUACGAAACCCGCCAGUCCGCUCACUGUUUCCAGUACAGAAUCGCGACCGUCUCCUCCAGCCCCGCCCCCACUUCCUGGCCCCGCCCCUCCCCCUCCGCCUCCUCCGCCACCACCUCCACCUCCGCCUCUGAACACCUCGGGGACAGGUCUAAGGGAUAAGAAACCGAUCCGGACGAAGUACCGCAUGCCGCUCUUUAACUGGCAGACGCUGAAGGACGAGCAGGUUGCUGGGACCGUCUUCACCGAGCUGGACGACGGAAAGGUCCUAAUGGAGCUGGACAUGGACGCUUUCGAGGAGCUCUUCAAAACGAAGGCUCAGGCUCCACCCACCAGCGGCAGCACCAUGGCGACGAGGGUGGCGCGCAAGUCCUCCAGCAAGAUCUCUCUCCUGGAGCCGAACCGCGCCAAGAACCUGGCCAUCACCCUGCGCAAGGGGGGCAUGGACACCAAGCAGAUCUGCAGCGCCAUCGAGACGUAUAACCUGAAGGCACUGCGUGUGGAUUUUCUGGAGCAGUUGGAGCGUUUUGUUCCAUCCGAUUACGAGCUGAAGUUGAUCCAGAGUUACGAGCGUGACGGCCACUCGGCGUCUGAACUUUCGGAGGAAGAUCGCUUCAUGGCCCAGUUCGGGAAAAUCCCACGACUCUGCCAGCGAAUCAGCACGCUCACCUUCAUGGGGAACUUCACCGAGAGCAUCCAGCUCCUGCAGCCGCAGCUGAACGCCGUCAUCGCCGCCUCCAUGUCCAUCAAAUCCUCCAGCAAACUGAAGAAGAUCCUGGAGAUCAUCCUGGCGUUCGGGAACUACAUGAACAGCGAUAAGAGGGGCACCGUGUACGGCUUCCGUCUCCAGAGUCUCGAUCAGCUGCUGGACACAAAGUCGACGGAUCGCAGACAGACGCUGCUGCACUUCCUGGUCAGCAUCAUCCAUGAGAAGUUUCCACAUCUACACAACUUUUAUACGGAGCUGCACUUUCUGGACAAAGCAGCAAUGGUGUCAUUGGACAGCAUCUUAUUAGACAUACGAGCGCUGGAGAGAGGAAUGGAGGUGACCCGGAAGGAGUAUGAAGAACAGAAAGACAAUCUGGUCCUGAGGGAGUUCCUGUCCAACAACCGCAGCCUGCUGGACGCCGUGGUUAAAGACGCAAAAACCGGGCAGGAGGUGUAUGAAUCCGUAGUGGAGUACUUCGGUGAGAAUCCCAAGACCACGCCCCCUGCCAUGUUCUUCCUCAUAUUCAUCAGGUUCAUUAAAGCGUAUAAGGCAGCUGAGCAGGAGAAUGAGCAGAGGAAGAGGGACAGUUUUGUCGUAGCCGACGAGAGCAAAGAGACGUCCACGAGCGAAGCAGGAAAAACGGGUAGCAAGGAGCCCACGAUGCAGCACGUGGACCUCAUAUCGGAGCUGAGGCGAAGACAGUUGUCCCCUCGGAUGCGCGAAGGCAAAGACGGCACCAUCGAGGACAUCAUAACAGAUCUGAGAAAUCAGCCCUACAUAAGAGACGAUGGCGGGAGACGCAGCAGCAACAAAUGGAAACCGGCACAGAAGCUUCAAGUGUCUUCCGAUAUCUCGCUCUAACACACACACACUUCUUAUUUCUGUUAAUUGUGUUCUAAAGAACGCUGCAAAUCACAAGCGGAGAGUGAUUCCUCUGCCUCCUGCACCACCUGGAUCUGAUCUCGCCGUGGUGAAUCCAGCGAAUCCUGAUCUUCGAGCUUGAGAGAUUUUCGCUGUCGGUUCUGAUCCACAUCAACGCGUCGAUUUAAUUCCAGGAGCGGGUUUUGAUUGGAAUGAAUGUGUUUUGUAUUGGGAUCUGGUGCUUCAUGUGCAUGUACCCUAAUGAAAUAAAUCAAUCUCUAAUACACACUUACUGUGAUAUUAUAACACAGACACGUCUACACAGUGGGUACAUGGCAAUAACAUGGUAAUAUUAACAGUUAUAACAUAUUAAUAA